AGUAUAAGUCAAUAAAGCUUGACUGAGAGAUUAAUAGAUUGAUGCAUAUCCACUUGUUUUUAUCCCUUCAAUCAUUCUCUCUUUACUCCCAAAGGCCAUUAUACUCGUAAAGCUCCAACCUUUAGAUCUCCUCUCACUCGAACUCUCCGCUUCAAAUUUCCCCCAGAUUCGUGGAGAAUUCGAAUUGCCCUUAGCGUAAUUCACAUGGGUUCCGCUUAAAAAUCCAAUCUUUUUAGGUAAUUGAAGAGCACGACAUGGAUCAGAACUCUCACGACCGUCCGACGGCGGAGGCAGGGCUGCAACUCAAUUCUACGGAAAACCCAUCACCGGGAAGAUCGGUUCCUUUCGCCGGAGGUGCAACCUCUAGCUCCACGAGCACUAGCUCGGGCACUGCUCUCGCCGUGGUUAAACCCGCCGCGAAGAAGCCGUCUAAAGAUCGCCACACGAAAGUCGACGGCCGCGGCCGGAGAAUCCGCAUGCCGGCGUUGUGCGCCGCUAGAGUUUUCCAGUUGACGAGGGAGUUGGGACAUAAGUCAGACGGAGAGACGAUCGAGUGGCUGCUCCAGCAAGCCGAGCCUGUUAUCAUCGCGUCCACGGGAACGGGAACGAUUCCGGCGAAUUUCUCGACUUUAAACGCUACUUUACGCGGCGGCGGCGGUUCGACCAUCUUCGCUCAGUCGUCGAAGUCUUCUCCUUUUCACAGCACCGGGAUGUCUCUGUAUGAAGAUAAUAACGGUACUAACGGAUCAUCGUCCUCCGCCUCGAAGUUGUUAAGCGCAGCAACAGCCGCUCAGAACGCCGCCGUUUUCGGGUUUCACCAUCAGGGUUACCCGCCGAUAAUGUCGGCGGAGAGGAAUCAGCCGACUUUGGGAAAGCCUUAUAGAGAGGAUUACUUCAAGGAGUCGGAACCUAGUGGAAGUUCGCAGAAACCGGGUCAGUUUCAGGAGCAAGAGAUGGGUCCGGGUCCUGGUAUGGGUCGUGGGACGGCGAAUGUGGUGCCUCAACCUAUGUGGGCGGUGGCUCCUGGGACCACGAAUGGAGGAAGCGCGUUCUGGAUGCUUCCUAUGAGUGGCUCGGGUGGGCGGGAACAGAUGCAGCAGCAGCCGGGUCAUCAGAUGUGGGCAUUCAACCAGGGGAGUUAUCCGGUUGGGACUGGUCGGGUUGUGACUGCACCGAUGGGGUCAAUGAUGUUGGGAGGUCAGCAGCUAGGAUUAGGAGUGGCUGAGGGAAACAUGGCGGCCGCAAUGCGUGGAAGUAGAGGCGGUGGCGGCGACGGUUUGGCCAUGACGCUAGACCAACACCAGCAUCAGCAUCACCAGCAGCAUCAAGAGCCAAAUCAAAGUCAAGCUAGUGGUGAUGACAAGAAGUGACCAAACGCACCUCUUAAACAUUUUAGUGACCACACUGGCGGUUAGGAGGAUGCUGCUGGCGAUCAAUGAUUCCAAUUGUAAAACAUGUUUUGGCAGUUUAAUGCUGCCAUGCAUGAGAGAUUUGAAUGACGAAUAUGAUGAAACAUAUGUGGGUUUAAGCUCUUGAACAGAUUUGUCACAUCAUUUGUGGUUUUUUUUUUGUGUGCUUUCUUGGUUUUAGUUUUUUCUUCUUCUUGUGAUUGUGCUUUUGAUUGAUAGAUAUGUGAAUAUGUUGGAUCUUUUUUUGGUU